UUUUUCCUCGAGUCACUCUGUCGUCUGAACUCACAGUCCGUGCAAAUCGGAUUUUAUUCAUGCACACGGAGCGCCGAAUUGUUUGCACUGUGAUUCUACUGCAGCUUUAGGACUUACCUCGUUCAUUCUUUGUUGGUCUGUAUUUGACUUUAAGAGAAAACUCAAAGUGAAUCAUGACCCAGUUUAACAAGGGACCAGCCUACGGAUUAUCUGCAGAGGUUAAAAACAAGAUUGCACAGAAAUAUGACCUACAGAAGGAGGAAGAGCUUCGUUUCUGGAUUGAAGACGUGACUGGCAUGCCGAUCGGAGACCACUUUCAGAAAGGGCUCAAGGAUGGUGUCAUACUGUGCGAAUUGAUAAACAAGCUUCAGCCUGGAUCAAUAAAGAAAAUAAACCACUCACAGUUAAACUGGCAUAAGCUAGAGAACCUUGGGAAUUUCAUCAAAGCCAUCCUAACCUACGGCCUGAAGCCCAACGACAUCUUUGAAGCCAACGACCUCUUUGAAAAUGGGAACAUGACUCAAGUCCAGACCACACUUCUCGCUUUGGCCAGUAUGGCAAAGACCAAAGGCAUGGAAACAAAUGUCGACAUUGGUGUGAAAUACGCAGACAAGCAGCAGAGGCAUUUUGACGAGGAGAAGUUGAAGGCCGGCCAGUGUGUUAUUGGACUUCAGAUGGGAACCAACAAAUGUGCAAGCCAAGCUGGUAUGACUGCUUAUGGGACUAGGAGACAUCUUUACGACCCUAAGACACAAACAGAAAAGCCCUACGACCAGACCACCAUCAGCUUGCAAAUGGGCACCAACAAAGGAGCCAGCCAGGCUGGUAUGUCUGCACCAGGUACAAGGCGGGACAUCUAUGACCAGAAAGCAGCUCAGCAACCAUUGGACAACUCUACCAUCUCACUGCAAAUGGGCACCAAUAAGGUGGCAUCUCAGAAGGGCAUGAGUGUAUAUGGGCUGGGACGCCAGGUUUAUGAUCCCAAGUAUUGCGCCACCCCAACGGAACCCAUCAUCCAUGCCAACGGCAGCCAGGGAACGGGCACGAACGGGUCAGAAAUCAGCGACAGUGACUAUCAGGCAGAAUACCAAGAGGAGGAGUACCAGGGCGGAUACCACGAUGAGUACAGAGGGCACUACGAUGACCAGGGCAUUGACUACUAGAAAAAGCUGCUGCACUGUUAGUCAAAGCAGUAUUAACACGAUGUAUAUCAAAAGAGCAAGUCUUUUGCUAUGCCUUUUGCUUCUCACAAUUACCCUUCCUCUCCCAGCGCAUCUGUUUGGGUGGUAGUGCUUUUAAACGAUGAAGGGUAAAACAUAGAAUUGUGAGAGAUCAAAUCUAUCGUCUUAAAGGGAUAGUUUACCUAAAAAUGAAAAUUCUGUCAUGAUUUACUCAUCCUCAUGUUUGUCUAAACAACUAUGACUUUCUUCUGUAAACACAAAAGUUGAUAUUAGGCAGAAUGUUAGCCUCAGUCACCUUUUACUUUCUUUGUAUGGAGAAAAGAUUCAAUGAAAGUGAAUGGUGACUGAGGCUAUCAUUCUGCCUGACAUCUCCUUUUGUGUUACAUGGAAAAAGAGAGAUAUAAGGGUUUGGAACAACAUGUAUGCGAGACAAAACUUGCAUUUUUGGGUCAACUGUCAUUUUAACAAUGGUAAAAUUUAUUUUUAAGUGUUUUUAUGAAGUAUGGAGAACAGUUAGCUAAGGGUUUACAGUUUUGCAGUAAGAUUUUUUUGCAUUAUACCUUUUUUUUUUUUUUUUUUUUUUUUUUUUUUUUUUUUUUUUUGGGGCCUUGCAUCUUGGAAGUGUUACUAGUUUAAAAGCUCAAUUCUGCUUUGCACCAACAUUGGACAGACUAAAAGGAUGACAAAUGGACUAAAGUCUUCCGAAGACAUUCCUAAGUCUUUCCGUCUUAAUUGCUUUAAGUCAGUACUUUUAGAAUUCCAUAUCACUGGAAAUGUUUUUAAUUUGAACAUGUUUGCAUUGUUAAAGAAACUUUAGCUGACUAGACGACUAAAAACAUUCCACUUUAUUGGCUUUUUGUUUUUGUGCCAUAAUAUCAGAAAUUAUAUAUUUCCCACUGUAUUUAUUGCCCUGCUUGUCAUUAUAAACCAUUCUUUUAUAUGGUUCUUCUAUGAAUAAAUUCUAUGUUAUAAACAAAGUAUUGUUUAUAUACCUUGGUC